AAGAUUGUGCGAGGAAGAGAAGGAAUCAGAGCAGCAAAACAUAAGCUCUUUUUAAACAUUUUGGGGGAUUUAAAAAAUUCUGUUUUAAUCACUUCUGUUUUGUAUAUUUUUCUUCUGGAUUUUAACUAUGGCAAAUGCUGGAAUACAAAUUCUUGGCUUCUCGCUGGCUUUCCUAGGCUUCAUCGGCUCCAUUGCUUCCACAGUCAUGGUGGAGUGGAAAGCUUCGUCCUAUGCAGGGGACAACAUCAUAACUGCGCAGGCACUUUAUGAAGGCCUGUGGAAGUCGUGUGCAUCACAGAGCACAGGCCAGGUUCAAUGUAAAGUGUACGACUCACUUCUCCAACUGCCAGGCAUCGUUGUGGGCACGCGUGGACUGAUGUUGGCGUCCAUCUUGAUCGCCUUGAUAUGCAUCUUGUUGGCCGCAGUAGGCAUGAAGUGCACCACUUGUCUGGCGGAACAACCCGAGCAGAAGGACAAAGUGGCUUUAACUGCCGGCAUCUUGUUGAUCAUUUCUGGCAUCCUGGCACUGGUGGGAACGUCUUGGUAUGCUAACAGAAUAGCACAGGAUUUUUACAACCCCUUCACUCCAACUAAUUCCAGGUAUGAAUUCGGAAGCGCCCUUUUUGUGGGAUGGGGCUCUGCUUUCCUCCUCAUCAUCGGGGGAGCCUUCCUGUGCUGCAACUGCGCCAAGAAGGAUUCAGGGAAAGCUCUUAACUACCCACGUUCCAAUCCAGCAAGCAACGCCAGCAAAGACUAUGUGUAGGCUGACAUUUUAUGUAACUUUAAUGUUGAUUUCUUUGGCUGUAUGAAAUUGUUCGGUAACUUGUGGGCACCAAUUGUUGUGUUUUUCAAAGGAGAGCCCCUAAUAUUGAAAUAUAUGUAUAUUCCUGUGUAUCAUUUACCACAGCCUGACUUGAAAUUGUGCAUUUUAAUCAAUAAAGCG